AUGGUUGAUGAAUAUCUCUUUGUACCCAGUCAGAUUCUUUCGCUGGCUGUUACUAAGGAUCAGGCUCGUACGGGUGUUGUUUCGAAAGGUUUGAUACUUGCUUGUACAACCAAACCUGGGUGUGGUGUACUCUGUGGCAUUCGAUACAACUUUGAUAUGGGAGAAGAAUUAUUACUAGCGCAAAGAACGUAUGGAAAUUAUUAUAGUAAAUCUAAUAUGAGUAAAGUUAUUAAUCAACUCAGCCCGGAUAGCCCCUUGGCAACCUCAAGAGUGAGAUACGGCUGGGAAAGUGAGAAUAACCUAAUUCAAGCCGUGGCUGAAAUUUUCGAGUCUAAUCGGGUCUAUUCGAGUCUAUAA